GAAAUAAAAUCAACUAUUGUCAGCACAUUUAACGAGAAAUUUCUGCAAGAAAUUAUUGAAAAAAUCACAUCUGCUGUAGAGAGGAAGUUUGAAGAGAAACUCAACUCUCAAAAUCAACAAAUUAAGAACCUCACUAAUAAUACAGAGGAGCUGCGUAAGGAAAACGGUAGCCUGCGCAAAAGUAUGGAGUCUCGGGAGCAGGCAGUGCGCAGCAUGAAUAUACGUAUUCAAGAAAUGGAUGUCCAAAAAGACGAAAACGUUCGGUCACGAGUUAUUCGCCUAUUUACGAACACAUUAAAAAUAAACGUCCAAAAUUCUGAUAUAAAAAAGUGUCACUGAGUACCGUACAAGAAUCCCAGAAAUAAGCUACCUGCAGUGCUAGUGAGGUUUAUAUCGGAUUCGGUGCGUUUAUCAGUGCUGAAAAAUAAAAAGAAUUUAAAAAACUCUGGUAUGUCUAUAAAAGUGGAUUUAACAAAAACGCGUUUAUUAUUACUUAAUACUGCUAUAAGUGCCUUUUCAUAUAAAAAUGCGUGGGCUUUAAAUGGUAACAUGUACGUAAAACAUAACAAUGAAGUUCAUCGUGUAUCACAGGAUGCAGACAUUGAAAAAGUAAUUAGCAGGCAAUGAACCAUAAACUUUAUGGUACGGUUGUGGGCAUAGGCGUAGGAAUAACGAGAGACUGUUCUACAUUAAUGGUGGCACAAUAUUUCAAAAGGCGGAGAGAGUUCGUUGAGAUAUUUAUUGUGUCUGGCAGCGGGUUGGGCAUAUCUGCUAUGUCACUUAUCAUCAGAACUACAAUUGGUGCUUUGGGAUGGAGGCUAGGUCUUCAAGUAGUAACUGGUGCUGUAUCAGUCACCUUCAUCUUGGGCACAUUUUAUCGUUCAGCAUCCCUGUAUCAUCCACAGCGGAGGGCUAUUCUGCAUAUAAAGAAUCAGAAAAGGAAAAUCAAGGAUAAAAGUAAGGUUGAAGACAAAAUACCUUUCUUCGACUUCAGUACCCUGAAAAGCAAGACGGUAAGGAUUCUACUGAUUUCUACAGGAAUCAGCGCAUUUGGAAUCAAUACACCGCUAUUCUACUUAGCUUACCAAGCAGAAGUAGAAGGAUUAGGUGAUGCUACAAUAUUCUUACAGAUGUACUUGGGUUUAGCCUGGACGGUAGGCUGCGUGGUGUUUAGUACCUUAGUGCUCCACAACUCGACAGAGUGUCGGAUUGCUAGGCAGUACCUCUGCCAAACAGCAGUAUUUAUGUGUGGACUAUCCAUACUUGCAUUUACCGUAGUGAGUGGGAACUAUCAGGCCUAUGUUAUGUUCGCCUGGAUAUAUGGUAUAUUUUGUGGAGGUUAUCAUUACUCGCUGAAGAUGUAUACUUACGAGAGAGUAAGGGCAAGAAACUUCGCAAGGACGUGGGGUUUUGUACAGUGUUCUCAAGCAAUACCUAUAGUAAUAGGAGUGCCAUUUUCAGGGUAUAUGAACGAAAGGUGUGGCGACAGAGCUGGGUACUACUUCAGCUCAACUUGUGUUCUGGUAGGAUCGCUAACUUUGUUCUUGAUCGAUUUGCAUCGGAGGAAGAUAUCAAGACACAAACACACGAGAGAAAAUGGCACGAAACAUUUAUGCGUUUCUGAGACAUGCCCUCAAAGAAGAAAGUUGUCGUUCUCACAAGAGCCAGAAAACAACGAAGGUGGUGUCACUCCAGGUGCAGCGGCAGCAUUGGUUUUAGGUGCCGAUCUUACCGGUAAUCAAGGACCUGGCAUCAUAGACAACAUUGUACUAAGCAACGAUAAAGCUGAACUCACCUGUAUAUCAGAAGAAGGUAUAGCCGACAUGGACCUCCCGGACAACAUCCUCGACGACCUGGACUACAUCGGAGACUGCAUCACCUCAUGCAACAAAGUGGAAAACUACCUGAUGCUGAGCGAAUUCGAGAACAACCUGAUCGCUGAGUUGCCCAUCAUCCUGGAUCGUAAAGGCAGGAGGUGGUCGCUGGCAAGAAGCCGAUUGCCCUCAGCAGGACCUCAACCGGAUGAGGAUAACAGCGGGAAUGGCGGAACGGGUGAAAACAACGGGGGCGGGGAAAGGUGGAAGCAGGUUCUCAAUAAUCGGGUGAUCACAGUCAUUGAUGAGUCGUCUGUAUAAGACUUACAUCAAUACAGGCAAUUACAUACAGGGUGGCCCAACGAAAAAGUCGCACCGCCAUAGCGUUACACUUUAGAUUUUUAAAUGGAAAACCCCAUGUUUUUUUAAUUUUUAGAUUCUACAAGUUUUUAGUAACUUUUGUAUAGUAAAAUUUAUACAUAUCUUCAAUCGAUGUGAAGCUAUUCGCGCUUAUAAUAAAAUUCUAGAAAUUUAAUGAUAAUAAAGGAUUAUAUCGUGAAAAUAAUAAUCAAUGUAGUUCCCGUAGUAACAAUAAUGGAAUCUGGCUUCGUACUAAAAACUUUAAUUUUCAAAUGCCCCAAAGAAAGUAAUCUAAAGGACUAAAUCUAAAAUUAGAAAAAUGGCGGUUUCCA